AUGUCUUCAAACGGUACUCAGGAGGCCCCCAUUGAGGUACGCCGCAUCUGCUGUGUCGGUGCUGGUUACGUUGGUGGCCCCACCGCUGCUGUCGUCGCUUUCCAGAACCCCCACAUUCAGGUCACUGUCGUUGACCGAGACACCACUCGCAUUCGCCGCUGGAACUCCCGCCACCCCCCUAUCUACGAGCCUGGUCUGCACGAUAUCGUCCGAAUUGCCCGUGAUGGUGGCCGACCUACCAAGAUCUCCAAUGAGCCUACCACUGACAGUGAGGGUUCCUCUGCCGAGGAGGGCGAGAUCACGGUUGCUGAGCGCAAGCCCAACCUGUUCUUCUCCACCGACAUUGCCAAGCACAUUGGCGAGGCCGAUAUUGUCCUUGUUGCCGUUAACACUCCCACCAAGUACCGUGGUGUCGGUGCCGGCAGCGCCACUGAUAUGACCGCUUUCGAAGCUGUCACUGGUGUCGUUGCUCAGUACGCCCGCGAGGGAGCCAUCAUUGUCGAGAAGUCGACUGUUCCUUGCCGAACUGCCCAGCUUGUCGCUGAUACUCUUAACAUGCACCGCCCUGGUGUCCAUUUCGAGAUUCUCUCCAACCCCGAGUUUUUGGCUGCCGGUACCGCUGUCAACGAUCUCCUCUACCCUGACCGUAUCCUGAUCGGUUCCGCUCCUACCCCCUCCGGUAAGCGAGCUGCCGAGGCUCUCGUCAAGGUUUACAACGCCUGGAUUCCUCGCGAGCGCAUUCUGACCACCAACGUCUGGUCUUCCGAGCUCGCCAAGCUUGUUGCCAACUCUAUGCUGGCUCAGCGUAUCUCCUCCAUCAACUCCAUCUCCGCUGUCUGCGAGCAGACUGGCGCUGAUGUCGAUGAGGUUGCCCGUGCUGUCGGUGUUGACCCCCGUAUUGGCAACAAGUUCUUGAUGGCUGGUAUCGGUUUCGGUGGUAGCUGCUUCAAGAAGGAUGUUCUCAACCUCGUCUACCUUGCUGAGACCAUGGGUCUUCCCGAGGUCGCUGAGUACUGGCGCCAGGUUGUCAAGAUGAACGAGUAUGCCCGUGACCGUUUCUCCAACCGCGUCAUCAAGUGUCUCAACAACACUCUCGUUGGCAAGAAGGUUACCAUUCUUGGCUUCGCUUUCAAGAAGAACACCUCCGAUACCCGUGAGGCUCCCGCUCUUGAAAUGAUCAAGACCCUUCUUGAGGAGCGCCCCCGUGAGGUGGCUGUCUUCGAUCCCUGCUGUAACCCUCUGGUGAUCAAGGCCGAGAUCAAGGAGCUCCUCGGACCCCUUGCUGAGGGACACAACAUCACUGUCCAUGGCAAUGCCUAUGAUGCUUGCGAGUCUAGUACCGCCAUCAUCAUUGCUACUGAGUUCGACGAGUUCCGCAACCAGCCUCCUCCUCCUCCCGCCCCUACACCUGCCGUCCAAUCUAAGACCAUUGGCCGCAAGCCUAACCCCAAGGCCGACCCUCGUCCUUUCGAGAGCGCCACUCCCAGUGCCAACGAGCUUCUCGCUCUCCACAAGCACCUUGUCCAACGUGCUGAUGUCCAAUCCCAUGACCCUCUGGACCGCUUCAACGUCGAGCCCAGCUGUGAAGACGACUGCCCCGACUGCAUCCAGGAACGUGAGAGCAAGGACACUGGCUUCGCCACAGGAAUGGGAAGCUCCGAGGAGUACAAGCCCAAGGAGCGCGUUGACUGGGUCCGCAUUUCUGAGAGCAUGGCCAAGCCCCGUUGGGUCUUUGACGGCCGUGGUGUCAUCGACUCUCGAGAGAUGGUCAAACUUGGCGUUCGCGUCGAGAGUGUUGGUCGCCAGCACCGCUUCUAA